AGUCAUGUCACUUACAUUCAAAAUCGUCUACGCUGCCGAUCAAUGGCUAGCCAAAUCCAUCUCGAAAAAAAGUCCAGUGAACAUUGCCAUUCUGGAUUCCUCAUUCAACCCACCCACACUAGCGCAUAAAGAAUUACUUUUGCGAACAGCUGCAGAGUGCCCGGCAGACGCAUACCUUCUACUAUUUUCUAUCAAAAAUGCCGACAAGCAAUUGAUAGGGGCAACGGCUGAACAGCGUUUAGAGAUGAUGAAAUUAUUGGCAGAAACAAUUAACGAACAAUACCCGACAUGCAAUGUAGCAGUUGCUGUGACUGAACACGCUCGAUUUUUUGAAAAGGCAAAUGAAAUUCAUGCAUGGUACGAGUCACAGUAUCCAGGCCAAGCGGCACAAUUAGCCUUCAUCAUGGGAUACGAUACUGUCAUUCGACUAGUGGAUCAAAAGUACUACGAUCAGCCAGUAGGAGAAGCACUCGAGCCAUUCUUCUCCAACAAUCAGGUCAUCUGUGCGGAUAGGGGAGGGCAUUCCAGUGAAGACGUGGAGGGUUUCUGGACGAACAACGCUCUCGUCAGCAAGUUCCAAAAUAGCAUGAAAAGAAUUCAUCUGGACGAUGCUACUGCGGAUAUUUCAAGCUCAAAGGUGCGAGAGCAAAUAUACCAUAAUCAAGAGAUUAAACACUUAGUAGAUGAUAGAAUUUACCAAUAUGUGAUCAACAACCAACUGUACUCGGGUGUGCAUUCCACGCUACUGCCGUAAGCUGCGCUCAUUGGGUCAGCCACGGUUACCCAUGGGGACGUUCUAUACCUUUAUAUAGCACACAACUCCCGAAACUACUCUUGUUAUUUGUCCACUUUAACGAUUAUCAGAAUUCCUUUGCUCCCUUUACGUU